AUGCUUAAAAUUUGUAUUUUAGUUGCUUUAUUAGCAAUUUCUUCAGCUGCGUCUAGUGAUGUUACUGUUAUUGAAGCGAAACCUAGUAAAAUUGUAAGUUUUUCACCAGCCACUAUACCAGUCAUUAAAUCAGCAAUUGUAGCCGAACCAACUCAUGUACAAGUGCAUGAGCCUACAUUGGCGAAAGUGGGCGAUAUAGUCGAAAAUGUACCAACUGCAGUUUCACAUCAGAGUUCCACUAUUGUGCAUAGCCGUGCACAGCGUGUUACUCCAAUCGUAGCACCAGCAGUACGUUCUUUUACCGCACCUGCGGUACGUACUUAUGCCGCUCCAGUUAUAGAACACUCCCCAUUAUUACAACCUUUACCUUUAACGUAUGCUAGUCUGGGUCCAGCCGCUGCUUAUGUGCAUGAGAAUGCAGCACAUUAUCCUGUUCAAUUACAUUCUUUCGACACUUACACUGGACCAAACUACGCCCACAUUGGUUACAACUAUGGCUUACCAUUUUAUUACACAGCAACAGCUUAUAAGAAAUAAUUUUCGUAUUAAUGGCAUUGCUUAACUGCAUUAUC